AUGCCGAUCCACGGUCUCCCACCAAACCAACCACGCGCAUACCCCAAUCACUUCUCCCUAGAAUCCGCUAUCCGACCCAACAUCCUUGCCUUGCACCCCUAUAGAUGUGCAAGAGACGACUACUCCGAGGGUAUCCUCCUUGAUGCAAACGAGAACGCUCUCGGCCAUGCUAUCAUCCCUUCAGAAACGAGUUUAGAUUCGGGAAAGAACACGAAUGGGGAGUUGGCAGAAGCAUUGAAUAAGACCCUGACCCUACCCUUGCACCGAUACCCCUCCCCGACUCACGUCCCUAUCAAGCAAAGAAUCGCGGAACUGAGAUUCUUGCCCUCGACUGAUUAUGUCUUCUUGGGUGUUGGAUCGGACGAGGUCCUGGACCUUUUGAUUCGAGUGUUCGUUAAGCCGGGUGUUGAAGGCGAGAAAUUGGACAAGAUCUUGACUACCCCGCCUACCUAUGGCAUGUACGGCGUAUGUGCGCAAGUAAACGACGUUGCUUCUGUCAAGGUACCUCUCCGCGUUACACCGCCAGCUUCUGGAGAGGCAUUCGGAGAAGGUGGAAAGACUGGACGAUUCAGCCUCGACGUCCCUGCAAUUAAAGCCGCUAUCCUCCACGAACAAAGCGUCCUCGGAAACACCAUCAAACUGCUUUUCCUGUGCUCUCCCGGAAACCCGACAGGAACCUUGCUGGAUUUAGACUCGAUCAAAGAGUUAUUGGAAUGGGAAGAGUUCAAGGGUGUCGCCAUCAUCGACGAAGCUUAUAUCGAUUUCGUCGGCGACGAGAACGAGGAUGAGAAGGAACAAUGGAAGAAGAGUGGAGCAAGCCUUGUGGAGAAAUAUUCGAACGUGGUAGUCACUCAGACUUUGAGCAAGAGCUUCGGGUUGGCCGGCAUCCGACUCGGAAUCGCACUCGCCCAACCUCCCAUCGUCCAGGUCCUAUCCAACACCAAGGCACCUUACAACGUCUCCCUCCCAACAGCUCACCUCGCCGAACAGGCCCUCUCACCCGCUUCGCUCGAUCUCUGGCGCAAGAACGUCCAGAUACUCAAACGAAACAGGACAACACUCAUCAAAGGUCUCGAAGACCUCGCAAAAUCAGCCACGCUCAAGAAUGGCGAGGGACCAUUGGGCGUUGGCGAGAUCAUCGGUUCAAACGACGCCAAUUUCAUCUUGGUCAGGAUUUUGGAGAGGCCGACUACGUCUGGGGCACCCUUGAAGCCUUCGAGCGAGAGGGCGAAUAAGGUUUACAAGGCGUUGGCGGAGGAGAUGGGAGUCGUGGUGAGGUAUAGAGGGAACGAGCUGGGUUGUGAUGGUGGUCUGAGGAUCACUGUCGGAACUGAGGAAGAGAAUAGGGAAGUGUUGAGGAGAUUGGAAGAGGCUCUGCAAAGGCUGUAG